AUGACCAAGAUUUUUUUUUCUUGGUGGUGUUACUUGAUCUUUACCUGCAGUUCCUGGGCUCUUACUCCAUCAGAAAGCUUGACUGAAGGAGCAAUUGAAGUGGAGGAUAUGAACUUGUUGGGAGGAGUUCAAAUGGAACAUGGAAAUGCAAUACGCCAUUUAACGGCUCCAACAAAUCCUGAUUCACAUGAAGAAGAGAACCUUUUAGAAAGAAGAAUUAAUUUUAUCAGAAGUCACGGAAGUGAAUCUGAAUGUGUUGAAGAUAUUUUAAAUGAAACAGUCAAGGCAUUAGAAAUAUGGUCACCAAUUCAUGAAAGUGUUGAAAGUAAGACUCGUCCGGGAACUUCGAUAUUAGAAAUUACUCACAAAUUCACAAAUCUUUUUACUCGAAGGAUGAGGAAGUACAAGAUUUUCUAUCUUGCGCGAGACGGUCAAACAUAUAACUCAGCUAUCAGAACUAUAGCUAGAGAAUUGGACAUUAUGAUUCGUGAUUCUUUAUUUGGGGGUUCAUCAGUUGACAAUUGUCUUCAUAUUGAAAUUGUUCUCAUUGCUGUACUAGAAUAUUUACAACGCGACAAUCUGAAAACAUAUGAAAGAUUAUGGACAUUGAGUGUUCUUCGAUUGCUCCAGUCUCUGCUUCCGAUGGGACAUGUUAAAUCAAUAAGCCAAGAUCCUAACACAGGUCGUGUCUGCCGAGGAGGAUUGGAGCUCUUCCUGACACAGGGAGCGUUGAUGCUAUCUUCAGGAAUGGACCUCGAACCCAAGGUGAAAGGUGUAUCGUAUGGGAGGAUAGACAUCCUUCCGGUGGAUAAAUAUCUCACGGAAGCCCUCGAGCGAGCUGAGCUGAUUCUAAACAUCAGGAAUUACCUCCAGGGAUCUCAAGAAAGCCUUCAAACUCCUGGAUUGAUAGGAAUACACAACAAGCUGCUUCAAAAUAGGUCUUUAUUUGAAGCAGGGAUUAUUGAGUCAUUGUCAUUACAAGCCUUAGCUAUGGAUGGCAGUAUUGACAAGUAUACUUCAGAUGGAGCGAUCCACUGUUUAUAUCAGAUAUUGCAACAUCUCGACAGAUUCUAUUCAGGCUCCCAGCAGCUCGCUAUCACGGAAGCUCUCAAACGAGUUGAGCUGAUGUUAGAAAUCAGGAAAAACCUACAUUACCAUGACCAUCAGAUACCUGCAAUUAUGAAGAUGUAUGACAAAUCACUUCACACAAGGUCUUUAGCCAAUACAAGGUUUAUCAAGUCAUUGACAUUUCAAUGUAUCCACCAUGUGAUCCAUGAAACUACUCCAGAUGAAGAGAUCCCAGGCUUACAUUCGGUCAAGUUAGAAUAUAUCAAAGCUUGUCUACAUUUAUGUCAUAUCCAGGACUCUGCACUCAAAGGAGGAAAAGGAGAUUUAUAUGGUCUGGAUGUCUCAAAAGGGGAGAAGUAUCUUGAAAAUCAAGAUUUUUUCAUUGAUAUGAUGUAUAGAUCAAGCACUUAUAUUGAUGGGCUUCAGGAUUACCUUCAUAGCCAGGUGAAAAAGGAUGAACCAAGUGGCCAUUACCAAUAUAUAUCAAAGCCUCUGGUUGAAAAUCAAACCAAAGGUUCUGAAGGAUGCCCAAUCUGUCUAUCAAAAUUCUUGGAGGGUCAAAGAGUUGUGAAAUUGAAAUGUCUAACUCCUCAUAUAUUUCAUGAACAAUGUAUUAAUAGAUUGGAAGGAAUUUUAACAAAUGAGAAUCAUGGCAGAAAAGGAACGGGGAUCACCCACUUGAAAAAGAGGGCACAGUUGAUGCUCUAUACAAGCAAUAUUAGUAUCAAAGCAUCACUCAGUAUUAUAUCAAAUGCUGCAUCAAUCAGUCCAAAACAACCUUGGGAUCAUCAAUAA